AUGACCUUAACCGAUAGCAACAUUAUAGACAUCAUGCCAACCGUUCCACUCCAUGUUUCUCUCUCUACUGGCAGCAAUGGAUGCUUAGCGGAGAUGUCAGGCAAUCCACUCCCGCAGCUCCUCCAGACACCGUCCGGUCUGGCCAUAUUAGAGCUCCAAGGCACCAUAAAUCUUCCAGAAAGUGACGACUACUCGAUGGUUGAACGUAUACCCGAUUCUUCUCAGCAUAUACGCAGUGUUGAAACACAGAUUGGCCGGGUCAUAUUUGCGAACUACAACCCAUCCGCCGAACCGUCUGACAAAAGUUGGAUGAAGCGUGUAUAUCUUACCGUUGGUCAGCACCAACGCCUAACAGGCGAAGUACAAAAAUUAUCGAAACCUUUUGCGGUUAUUCGAAGACGGAAGCCGGACUCUCAAGACGCCAUGAAAGUACAGAAUGUGACGGAAAACAAACAUGCCUCUGCCACCUCCCCAGAUCAGUUAGAGAUCGUGGAGAUCAUUAGAUACAAGAUAUUGUUCUCCUCGCGACCAGAGCCUAUCACUAAUAAAGGAUUCUGA